AUGGGGAAAAGUACAAACAAACCAGUAGUAACAAAGCUACUGUUAGAUAGAUCCCUAUCUAUAAUCAACAAGAAGAUUAGCACGGUUCCAUUUUAUGAUGCAGUUCAUAUCAUUAAACCAGUAUCUCAGAAUAACAACAAGAACAGUGGUGAUGAAGAUAGGAUACCUUUUGAUUGUUUAAAUACUAGUACAACCUUGAUUUCCAAUUGCACUAACUUAUACCAAAUCAUUUUAAACGAAUACACCCAAAAGUUCAAGCAUAAUAACGAAGAGAGCAAAAAUAACAGUUACAGAAGUCAUAUCGUGGCCAUACCGAUGGAAAAUAUCCCCAAUGGAGAAUAUCAUGGGAAUAAAUUGAUAUUCAAUGGCAAUAGUAGAAUAAUUGAAUUAUGGAUUAAUAAUGAUUCUUUUAUGAAAAUCCCCAAUUUGAAAAAUAAAUAUGAUAAUAAUAAGAAGAAGACAAAAUGUGGAAAAGAAGGACAAUUUAUUAAAUUAUCGAAAAUUACAUCAAAUUUGAGACAUGACGAGUUUAUGAUGAAAUAUAAAAUCAAUUUGACCGUAAAUCCUUCGAUCCAAUUGAUUGAAUCAGAAUUGAAAUACAUUAUUGAGUUGUUAUUUAAUGAUGUUCAAUGUCUCAUAUAUAAUGAUCAACAACCACCACAACUGCCAGAAGAUGAAAAUAAGAUGGAUAUAGAUAAUCAUGUUAAUGGGAAUUCCACCAGUGAAAACAUUUUCAAGAUUAUUAAAUAUCCUGAACUACUACCAAUGAUAAAUCUUGAACAUUAUGACCACUACCUACAAACACAACAAGGAUUUGGUUUAGAUGAAUUUGAAGAAUAUGAAUUAUUAACAUUAUUCACUAAUUUUAACUAUAAUCAGAAUAUUCUCAAAGAUCAAUAUUAUAAUGAUUUACCAAAUUUCAACAAUAAUCAUAAUAAUCAUCAGGAAGACGUCAAUGAACUUUACGUUUGUUCAAAACAUAGUUUAUUUAAUGUUUUGUCACAGGUUUUAUCAUUAGAAACCUUUAUUGAUUGGCAAAUAAUUAGUUUCCAUUAUCGUGAUAAAUAUCAUUUGUUAAUUUAUAAAAGCUUAUCGAACAAUAAUGAUAUCCAUAUCUAUGAAGUUGAUAAAAGAAACCAAUAA